CCUAAAGUUGGCAAUACCAGGGUCAAGAAAAGCCAAUUAUAGCGUACUAUAUCGCUUCUCUAUGACGACUCGCUGUUCCAAAAUAGAUGGCUUGAGUCAUGAUACUUAGAACUGCCCAUAGUUCUCAUCAAAACAGCCUGGGAAUGAUGAUCGAAAUGGAAGUGAAGUAGAGUGGGCGUUUCAAUUCCAUCUUGUCCAUGUUUUCGUACAAUGCCGCUCCAAGACAUCACUCCAGAAGCCGCGCCCCCCUUGGGCAUCCCUAAGCAGGGCGGGACUUGUUCGCUUUCCAUCAUCGACACCACAUGUAGCCUCACAGUCCCCGCUAAGACGUUGGUCGAGCCGGCAAUCCCUGGGCACGAGCUCAUAAACUUGCCUACUGUGGCGUUUUUAAUAACCCAUUCGGCGUCUGGAAGACAGCUACUCUUCGACUUAGGAUGCCGCAAGGACUUCUGGAAUCUACCUCGUCCUAUAGCUGAGAUUAUUGACGCCAAAGUUCCCGGAAUCAAGGUUGACAGAAAUCUAGUCGACAUUCUGAUCGAGGGAGGAAUGGACAUUGCCAACUUGGAGGCGGCAAUUGUCAGUCAUCAUCACUAUGAUCACAUCGGAGAUCCAAGCACAUUUCCGGCGUCGAUGGAUCUUGUAGUCGGUCCUGGGUUUUCGGUCCAGUUCUUGCCCGGUUACCCCACUUCCGAAGCAUCUCCUGCAUUCGAAAAUGCCUUUGAGGGCCGCAGUGUCCGCGAGAUGACCUUCUCGGACCAGUUGACGGUUGCGGGAUUUCGAGCACACGACUAUUUUGCGGAUGGCAGCCUGUAUAUCCUAGACUCUCCGGGUCACGCAAUUGGCCACCUCUCUGCUCUGGUUAGGACAACAAGCGACACAUUUGUCUUCCUCGGGGGCGAUAUCUGCCAUUUCAACGGAGCGUUCAGACCAACCAAAUACGUUCCCAUGCCACCGUUAUUGCUGAGUCCCACGGCAUAUGCCUGCUCGCUCUUCACUGGUUGUCAUCCCGAUCCCAGCAAUGCUAGAACCUCGCCAUACUACAAGCCCUGCAGCAGUGCCGACUCGUGGUAUCUUGAUCCUCCUCGCGCAUGCCAGAGUAUUGAGCAUUUGAAAGCGCUCGAUGCAGAUGACCGAGUUCUGGUGCUGAUUGCUCACGACCCGUCUAUCAUGAACAAAUUUCCGUUCUUCCCAAAUGGCGUGUUGGACGACUGGCAUGAGGCAGGCUGGAAGCAGGGAAUACGUUGGAGGUUUUUAGAUGAACUUCCCGUGGACGGGAAGGCUAAAGAGUAUCUGGUCUCUGGUACAUAUAUGAACGGCAAGAUGGUCAAGACACUGGAUGGAACAAAAGUAGAAUGA